AUGUCUUCAGAUCUUGAACUUGAUCAAUUCAAUGAUAAUAAUAUAGGAAUUGAUGAUAUUGAUAUAAAUUCAAAUAUACAAAAUCAUAAUCAAAAUCAAGCUGAAAAACGUGCACAUCAUAAUGCACUUGAAAGAAAAAGACGUGAUCAUAUAAAAGGUAGUUUUAAUGAUUUACGUGAUGUUAUUCCAUUAUUGAAAGGUGAAAAGGCAUCUCGUGCUCAUAUUCUUAAAUCUGCUACUGAAUAUAUUCAAUCAUUAAAAACAAAAACUCAACAACAUCAAAAAAUAAUUGAAGAUCUUAAACGACAAAAUGCAAUACUUGAAUUUCAAACACGUCUUGUUGAACGAGUGAAAGAAACAAGUUUAUAUGCUCGAAAUCAUGAAAAAACUAUUAAAACUGAACCUGAUAUUCAAACAACACGUAAUUUAUUAAAUUAA